GGUGCCAAGUCCUAUAGCUGGUGCACAAAGUACCAGCAAAUCCUUUCCUAAUACCAGUGGAAGUGCUGUAAAUGGAUACAGGGCGCUGUGGUCUCCUAUGAAGGGAGUUCUAGACUUUCCAAUUAUGAACAAUAAAAGGACAGAAAACCACCAUUUGUGAUACAGGUCUGAAUUCGACCUCAGUGCAGUGAUAGCAGAACUGGGUGUUAGUCUGUACAACUGAGCUGUCCAAAGCAGAGCAAAGCCUUUAUUUACUCAACCAGUGCCAUAGCCACAGGUGUCCCCCACAGCAGCGCUCUCUGGAGGAAGGUUAGGCUUCAAGCCUUUGACAGCUUGGCCAUUAUCAGAUCACUGCAGUGGGAUCACAGACAGCCUGCAAUUCUCCGCUUCAGUCCUAGAAAAUCUUUCCACCACUGGAUCAUCACACGGUCAAGAGUUAACAAGCCGUGGAGAUAAAUUUGAGCUAUUUACACCAGAUGUAGCCCUGUAGUUACAAGCAAAAACAAGCAGCAGAGUUGCUCCAAGAAGUCUGUUAUGGGUAAAAGUCCAGAAUUAUUUAAGUGAAAGCUUCAGUUCUGCAGGAUUUGUUAAGGAAAGCAGAUAUAUACAUCAACGUUGCUGUUGUUCGGGAUGACACACAACACAGGCAUUGUUUUGACACCUCGGAGCUCCAGGCUGCUGUUAACACUAAAACUUGCUCUGCAGGCAGGAGGAGCGUGAAGGGGAUGUGACGAGCUUCUCUAAUCUAUCUGUAAAUUUACAGCAGCCUUAUUUCUGCAGUGGUUUAGUGCUUAUGGAGCUUCUUCAAAACUGACAACCAAACAGUUUAACCAGCAUUAAAAAUACUUUGAAUUAAAGGGAAAAAAACAGGCAAGUAAGCAUGCCCAUUUUCCAUUCCCGAAGAUGAGGAGGAUACUGACGUGCAAUGAAAAAAUUCCAGUAAAACCAUAUUUGAGAAUCUUUCUCCAGGGCAUGUUUAGAUCAUGGGUUAUUUCUGUCAUACUAGUGGGUAAAAUUAAGCCGUUCUGCAUUUCUGAGAGCACUGUUGACACAAGAGACCGCACAGCCCAUGGGCACGAAGCCACCUGGUGUGCUAUGGCUGCCAUUAGGGACCAGCUCAGGGGCACUGAGCCCCAAGCACCCCCUUCACCCAGAACAGGGGUGCCCCCCCCAUCUGCCUGGGAACAGCCCACAUCAGGGGGGACCCCCGAGCCCCCCACCUAGAUGCUGGCUGCACCCCGGACCUGCAGGGAGCCGCCAGGCCCAGCCCCAGGGUGGCCACAUCGGCCACGUCAGCCAUGUUGGCUGGGCCUCCCUGGGGCUGCAGGUGCCCCUCAGCUCCCCCUGCAGCUGGUGUGCCCUGUCCUGAGGGGGCUGUAACUCUUUUUCUUAUUUCUCCUCCUUGCAGUGUUACUGGCAGAGUGUGGGCAGCACGGUGACAUUGCAGACACCGGUCAAUCUUGAAAAAAUGAAUUUUAAUGUCUGGAACAUCAAGGAGAUGCUCAGCACUCCAACAGCCUCUGGGCCUAACAAGUUUUCCAUCCGGAGCAAUGCUCCCAGUGACUACUCGAGUCUGAGUGAUUCUCAGCUGCUCUUCGGCUCCCAGUUCUGCCCGGAGAACGUGCAGUCGGCAGCGGCACCGCUGGAGCUGGGCACGCAGCUGGGACAGCACAACUCCCAGGACAGCGAGCCCAGUAUUUUUACUAAAUACCAAACAAAACCACAGUUAUUUGAUGAAGAUACAAGAGAAAAAGGCUUACUUAAUUUCGGUGCAGGAAGAGGGAAAAGUGUCCUGGAAAAUUUUGAAGUGAAUAAGAACAAAAUAAAGGACAAAUAUGAUCGAGAAGUUUUAAGCACCUUUAUUUCCAGUAUCAACGACAGGCUUCAAGGGCUGCAAGUGUGCUUGGACAAGUUUGAAGAAAUGUUCAAUUCGAGAAACAAAUCCAUUUUGGUUCAUCUAGAAACCAUUUCCAAGACACUGCAAGAUGCUCUUCAAAGUCACAGUGACUUGGUGCUGAAAGCCCUGACAGAUAAAAGCCAAAUGGAGCAGGCGCUGCUGGAGAUGGAGAGGAGACUUGCAGCCAAAGACGUGGAGAUUUCAGAUGUGAAAUCCAGUGUCCAGCAGCUGAAGGAGAGCCUGGAGUUGCUGCCAGCUCAGCUGAGCGAUCAGCACCUGAAGCUGUGUGAAGAACUAGGCUCCCUGAAGCUCCCUAGUGCCUUAGCUGAGCUGCACACGUUCAUGUCCAGUGCCAGAGCUCCCCCUCGGAUGGCGGAUGACUCUUCUCAGACCUCCCCUGGCACAUGUCAGGGCUGUGCCUCACGUCAGGAGACAGAGCAUUGUCCGUGCUGCCAAGGCAGGGGGGAUUGCAGCACCUUGGGUCCAUCUCAGCACGGAGUCCUGCCCGUGGGGAGCCAGCCCACCGGGGACGGGACACCUGGGAGAGACCUCAGCACAGCUUCGGGAGGCAAAGUCAGCCCCUUUGCCAGAGCGGUGUGUGGCAGAGAAAAUACUUCUGUGCAGGAGGUGAGAUCUGUUCUGGGACCGCAGAGCUGUGCUACCCAUCCCUGUAUGUGCUGUGCUAACAGUCAGUUUCUUGGGGAGAGUCAGAAGAAACACUGCCCCGUACCGCAGGAAGUGUCUCUGCUAACUCCUCUGAGGAAGGUGAUCAGGAGAAGCACUACAGGAUUUAAAAAUGUGACACCAUCGCAACAGAGGCGGCCUCAAGUUUGCCACCUUUUUGUACAAAACAACGUGCCCGGGCAAAGAGACGGGAACUCAUCCACAGACCAUGAGCUGGAGAAUGUAGCUGUAGGGAACAAAGCAAAGCAGAAGUCAGGAAGGAUCCCUUGGAAUAAAAUAAUGGAGAGGAAGAAAACAUACCCCAGCAAGAGGAAAGGAGAGCUCUCUAGAUGUGCUGACGGUGGGCUGAAGCAAGUAAGGGCAAACAGGGUUAUUGCAUUGGGAAGCUCCAGAAAAAGCUUUCCCAGAUACACCGUUGCUCUCAAUUUAGAAAACUCUAACCCAGUUUCUUCAGCUCCCAAUCAACAGAUGCUCAGCAGUGCUCAGCCGAGGCUUACAAGGAAUUUCCUACCUGUGCCAUGCUCCAAUAGAGGCGUGCAACAACUUGCAGACAAAACAAAGAGAAAUGUGGAAAACAAGAAAAGAGUGAUCGUUUCCAGUGCAAGGAGGAAUUUCUGGGAUUCCUCUCCCCAGGAGAAUGUAUUUUCCCUGUGCAGCACAACAGGUGGAAAGCAGAUGAGCUGCUCUUCAGGCUCCAAUAAGCCGUGUCCUGGCAAUGCGCUGCCCCAGCAGAGCACGGAAUGCUGCUCUUUAGUUUUUGAUAGCGAUUAUUCUGAUUGAGGGGGUUUCGUUUGGUUUUCAGAGUCUUCAGUGCAGGCAUGGCCAUCUCAGUCGCAGUUUGUUCCUCCGGGUGCAUUACCUGCUCAGUCUCCUGAAUUUGAUCCCACGCAGGUGAGUGAGCUCCUGCUGGGACUGGCAAGAAGAGCUGAGUGACCCGUGUGCAUUACAGCCCGUGGAAACAAGCAAGGCUCGUGCCUGGCAUGCUUUGACAAGUUACUGCCCACUUGGAGAUAUUGUCAGGGAGUACGUGGGAGCUGAGGGAAGGUCUCCUAUGGCUUGGAAGGCUGAGUGGACCUGUAUUAUUUCAUCCCCUGCCACCAGCAGAAAUGCCUCGGGCUGUGGUUACUGCUGUAUUUACGCAGCAAAGAAGUGUCUGCGGAGACUUUCAGCGGGGAGGAACCAGCUGGCAGAUCACAGACACACCGCUGAUUCUCCUGCUGCCAGACCGAGCACUUAGAUCUGCUCCAAACUUUUCAUCUAGAUAUAUGGAAUAAUAUCUUUGCAGCUGGAGGCUUUAGCUCUGCUCUUCACUCGUAGUCUCUGUUUUGGUUUGUAUGUCUAACAGUUCAGAUUUUGAGCUCCCUAGGAAGUAGGGGGUAUUUUUCUGAUUGAUUUUGGUAGGGUUAAGAUUUGUCCCGAGAGUUGUUUCUGAGCUUUGGGCAGUUUAGCUGAGGAAAGCAGAAUCCCAGCAUCUCCGUUUGUUAAGUAUGGUGUUUCUUCUCCUUUUAGGCUGAAAUUUCUUGGUUUCAGGAAAAUCAGGAAAUUAUUAUUUAGUUUCUGUCAUAUUUGUCCCACGUAUCUCUUAACUAAUCAAGGACUUGCCCAACUUACACUUUCCAAAGAUGAUUCUCAGAAGCCAGAAGAAGUGACAUUCAAAUUCAACAGGUACAGUAAUCAAUGGAUAUUCCUCAUCCUUUAGAGACCUGUAAUUCUCUAGUUCGGACUCAUUCCAGACACACACAUUUUGAGUCAGAAAGGGCCAGCUGAUGACCUAACCUGACAUAUAUAGCAGCAGCCCCUGUUCCUGCAGAGCAAAUCCUCCCAGGAUAUCCAGCCAUGACUGUAAGUUUCCGCUGCUUCAAAUAUUUCUGUCACCUCUGAGCUUUGAUCUCUGCUGCUGGCAAAAGCAGCAUUUCGAUAUUGACAGAACAGGUCUAUUACCGUGAAUCCACACGGCCCAGUGCUGUCAUCCCAUGGGGAAAGGCUAGGACAGUUUCCCUGAAUUUAAUAAAGCCAUUGUUUCAGC